AUGGACACGAUUCGAGCGAUCGUUUCUAGAAAUCGAAGAGGUUUGGAUAGGAAUGAAGGCUAUGGACAAUUAGAUUUGGCUGAAAUUACAGACAGAUUGAUUGCAAUGUCGACACCAGCAGCUGGUCUUCACAGUAUCUACAGGAAUGAUGAAAAUGCUGUUUUGCGAUACUUGCACGAUAAAUAUUCAGAAAGGUGGAUGAUGAUAAACUUAUGUGCAGAGCGUAGUGUUUAUCACCACAAGUUAUUUAUCUCAAAGUUGGAAGUUUAUGGGUUUGAGGAUCACAAUCCGCCUCCGUUUGUAUUGCUGUGUACAAUCAUUGACAGGAUGGCCAAUCUAUUGGCCCAAGACCCAAUUUCCAAGUUGAUAGUUCAUUGUAAAGCAGGAAAAGGUCGCACGGGAACGGUGCUUUGUAGUUACCUAGUAGCUCAUGCAGGGUAUACAUUCACACAAAGCAUGGAGCUUUAUACGAAAAAGCGCAUGAGACGAGGAUAUGGUCUUACUAUUCCCUCUCAAAUCCGUUAUGUCCGUUACAUUGAAGCGUGGUCGCAGCUUCGAAAUCAGCAGCCUGCAGGAAACGUUGAAGACUUGGCAUUAGCAGAAUCGGUCUUGCAAGAAUUUGAAAUAGAAUCCAAAGACUUUCCCAAUCUUACUUUAGCCCUCUAUACAUUCGAUGCGAACAACAGACGCCUGAAAUUUCCCGUAUGGGCUUCUUGCAAAUGGGACCCAUGCACAGAUUCCAACCAAACCCAAAAGUGGAGACUAGUUUGUAACUGGUCUUCUCCAAUCAGUGAAUAUAUGGUCAGUAUCUUCCCUAGUGGUUUUCGUGCUUUUUCUCGUCAAGUCCAUUUUUGGUUUCAUACCCAACUUCAGUCACUGCUACUGGGAACCACUGUAGGUAGAACCUCGUUUUCUGAAACCCGUUUCCUAAAUGAACCUGAAUCGUCCAUAACUUAUCAUUUCUCAUGGACUGAAAUGGAUGGUUACCAAUCCGUCAGCGCUCCUUAUUUUCACAUACUUUCUCUUCGUUACAGCUAUAUGAGAAAAAAAAAAGAAAAAAAAAACAGAAACACCACUUAA